AUGUGCCUGCGUGCCCCUUUGCGACAUCCACUGCGCUGCACCCAACCAUUUGCCUUGUCCUCAAGGCAGCACCUCCACUCGCGAUUGCCCUUUCGACUCAUACCGCAACGUAGCCUCAACCGACGACACAUAUACACCCCACCUCCUCCGCUUGACCACAACGUCAAACUAUCUGGACUCAUAGACUACGAAGCCCCGCCGAUACCACUCACAAUGGCCGACGACAUCAGAGGCGACAUGACUCUGGACGAAUACGAGUUCCCCAACAGCCGUCUGCGACACCGAAUCUACGAUGCCGAGCGGACACCGCUCGUGCUCAUCGCUUGCGGUUCCUUUUCGCCCAUCACCUUCCUCCACCUGCGCAUGUUCGAAAUGGCGGCCGAUUAUGCCCGCUUCAACACAAAGUUCGAGGUAGUUGGUGCGUAUCUGUCUUGUGUAGGCGACGCGUAUAAGAAGACGGGUCUCGUGAAGGCAGAGCACAGGAUCAACAUGUGUACAUUGGCAGUGCAGCAGAGCAGCUGGAUCAGUGUUGACCCAUGGGAGGCGCUUCACUCAGAGUAUCUGGAGACUGCGAAGGUGUUGGACCACUUUGAUCAUGAGAUCAAUGAGGUUAUGGGAGGUAUCGAUACACCGGUCGAAAAAAAGAAAGCCAGAAUCGCGCUGCUGGCAGGUGCAGACUUGAUUCAGACGUUCAGCACGCCAGGCGUCUGGUCGCCGCCUGACAUUGAUUACAUCCUGAGGAACUAUGGCGCAUUCAUUGUUGAGCGGUCCGGCACAGACAUCGAUGAAGCUCUCGCAACCCUACAGCAGUGGAAGGACAACAUCUGGGUCAUCCAACAACUAGUCCAGAACGACAUAUCGUCCACCAAGAUCCGACUGUUCCGCAGGAGAGACAUGUCGAUCCGCUACCUGGUGCCAGAACAAGUCGUCAACUACAUCGAGGCUCACGGUCUGUACGAUGAAGAUGGCGCUGCAAGUACUGGCAGUGGCAGCGGCAAGCAACCAGGCGAGAGCUCUGGCGUAGCUAGCUCAAGCAAGGGUUGA